GCGGGCUCCCGGGCUCCUGGGCGGGGACGCGGCGAGCGCGGAGGCCGAGUCGGGCCGGGUUGGGCCGGGCAGGCGGACCGAUGGGCGCGCGGCUCCGCCAUGCAGAAGAGCGUGCGCUACAACGAGGGCCACGCGCUGCACCUGGCCGGGCUGGCGCGCAGGGAGGGCACGAAGCGCGGCUUCCUGAGCAGGCGCGCGGCCGAGGCGAGCCGCUGGCACGAGAAGUGGUUUGCGCUCUACCAGAAUGUGCUGUUCUACUUCGAGGGCGAGCAGAGCGGCCGCCCCGCCGGCCUCUACCUGCUGGAGGGCUGCAGCUGCGAGCGCGCGCCCGCGCCCCCCAGGGCCACGGCGGGCACCGGGGCGUCGCGCGACGCGCUGGACAAGCAGUACUACUUCACUGUCCUCUUCGGCCACGAAGGCCAGAAGCCCCUGGAGCUGCGCUGUGAGGAGGAGCAGGACGGGAAGGAGUGGAUGGAGGCCAUCCACCAGGCCAGCUAUGCGGACAUCUUGAUCGAGAGGGAAGUGCUGAUGCAGAAGUACAUCCACCUCGGUCAGAUCGUGGAGACGGAGAAGAUCGCGGCCAACCAGCUCCGCCACCAGCUCGAAGACCAGGACACGGAGAUUGAGAGGCUUAAGUCAGAGAUUAUUGCUCUGAACAAAACCAAGGAGCGGAUGCGCCCUUACCAGAGCCACCAAGAGGAUGAGGACCCAGACAUCAAGAAGAUUAAAAAGGUCCAGAGCUUUAUGCGGGGCUGGCUGUGCAGGAGGAAGUGGAAGACCAUUGUGCAGGACUACAUCUGCUCACCCCAUGCCGAGAGCAUGCGCAAGAGGAACCAGAUUGUGUUUGCCAUGGUGGAGGCCGAGUCCGAGUACGUGCACCAGCUCCACGUGCUGGUCAAUGGCUUCCUGAGGCCCCUGCGCAUGGCUGCUAGUUCCAAGAAGCCGCCUAUCAGCCACGAUGAUGUCAGCAGCAUUUUCCUCAAUAGUGAGACAAUCAUGUUUCUUCAUGAAAUAUUUCAUCAAGGACUCAAGGCGCGGAUAGCGAACUGGCCCACCUUGAUUUUGGCUGACCUGUUCGAUAUCUUGCUGCCCAUGCUGAACAUCUACCAAGAGUUUGUGCGGAAUCACCAGUACAGCCUGCAAGUGCUUGCCAACUGCAAGCAGAACAGAGACUUUGACAAGCUCUUAAAGCAGUAUGAAGCCAACCCUGCCUGCGAGGGGAGGAUGCUGGAGACGUUCCUGACCUACCCCAUGUUUCAGAUCCCCAGGUACAUAAUCACGCUGCACGAGCUCCUGGCCCACACGCCCCACGAGCAUGUGGAGAGGAAAAGCCUGCAGUUUGCUAAGUCGAAACUGGAGGAGCUGUCCAGGAUAAUGCACGACGAGGUGAGCGACACUGAGAACAUUCGGAAGAACCUGGCCAUUGAGAGGAUGAUCGUGGAGGGCUGCGACAUUCUGCUGGACACCAGCCAGACGUUCAUCCGCCAAGGUUCCCUUAUUCAAGUACCCUCCGUUGAGCGAGGGAAGCUCAGCAAAGUGCGACUGGGUUCUCUGUCUUUGAAAAAGGAAGGCGAGAGGCAGUGCUUCCUGUUCACCAAGCACUUCCUCAUCUGCACGCGGAGCUCGGGAGGAAAGCUGCACCUCCUGAAGACAGGUGGGGUUCUCUCCCUCAUAGAGUGCACGCUGAUCGAGGAGCCGGACACCAGCGAUGAGGACUCCAAAGGCUCUGGACACAUGUUUGGACACCUGGACUUCAAGAUAGUGGUGGAGCCGCCCCACGCCGCGCCAUUCACUGUGGUCCUGCUGGCGCCCUCGCGGCAGGAGAAGGCGGCCUGGAUGAGUGACAUCAGCCAGUGUGUGGACAACAUCCGGUGCAACGGCUUAAUGACCAUCGUCUUUGAAGAGAACUCCAAGGUCACGGUGCCGCACAUGAUCAAGUCUGAUGCCCGGCUGCACAAGGACGACGUGGACAUCUGCUUCAGCAAGACCCUCAACUCCUGCAAGGUGCCGCAGAUCCGCUGUGCCAGCGUGGAGCGCCUGCUGGAGCGCCUCACCGACCUGCGCUUCCUGAGCAUCGACUUCCUCAACACUUUCCUGCACACCUACCGCCUCUUCACCUCAGCCACAGUGGUGCUGGCCAAGCUGGCCGACAUCUACCGGCGGCCCUUCACCUCCAUCCCCGUCAGGUCCCUGGAACUAUUCUUCGCCUGCAGCACUGGGCGUGCAGAGCCCCCCACUGACAGGCGCUCCCCCAGGCUGAGCCGCAAGUUCUCCUCACCACCGCCCACAGCGUCCAGGACGGCAUCGCCUGUGCCCACCAGGAAGCUGUCCCUCAGCUCACCUGCCAGCUCCAGGACCUGCCUGCUGGACCUGACCACUGUCUCAGUGUCCGGUAGCCCACCCGCUGUGCACAGCCCUGCCAAGUCCCCGCCGCCACAGCAGGCUGCCUUGGAGUCAACACCUGCAGAGCGAGCAGGCAUGGAGAGCACCCCGGCGGCGGUGGACGCCACAGAGCUGUCCCCGUGCAGGUCCCCCUCGACUCCCCGGCAUCUGCGCUACCGGCAGCCCGGAGGACAGACAGCUGACGGCACCCACUGCUCUGUUUCACCAGCUUCUGCCUUUGCAAUUGCCACCGCUGCAGCGGGACAUGGGAGUCCCCCAGGAUUCAACAACAUGGAGAGAAUGUGCGACAAAGAGUUCAUCAUACGCAGGACAGCCACCAAUCGGGUCCUGAAUGUCCUCCGCCACUGGGUCUCCAAGCAUGCGCAGGAUUUUGAACUGAACAAUGAGCUAAAGAUGAAUGUGCUAAACCUGUUAGAAGAAGUUUUGCGUGACCCAGACCUGCUUCCCCAGGAGAGGAAAGCCACAGCAAACAUCCUGAGACCUGCAGACGGGGCGGCGGGUGCUGGCCAGCACAGCCACCCACCGCCUGCUGUGUUGCAGAGUGACUGCGUGAAGGCUGAGUGCUUCGAGAGCUUGUCGGCCAUGGAGCUGGCGGAGCAGAUCACGCUGCUGGACCACGUCGUCUUCCGAAGCAUCCCCUACGAGGAGUUUCUGGGGCAGGGAUGGAUGAAGCCAGACAAGAACGAGAGGACGCCAUUUGUCAUGAAGACCAGCUGGCACUUCAAUGACAUGAGUAACCUGGUGGCCUCCCAGAUAAUGAACUACGCUGAUGUCAGCUCCCGCGCCGGCGCCAUUGAGAAGUGGGUCGCUGUGGCAGACAUUUGCCGAUGCUUGCACAACUACAACGGUGUGCUAGAGAUCACCUCAGCCUUAAACAGAAGUGCCAUCUAUAGGCUGAAGAAAACCUGGGCCAAAGUGUCCAAGCAGACAAAAGCUCUGAUGGACAAACUGCAGAAGACUGUUUCAUCCGAAGGAAGAUUUAAAAAUCUCAGAGAAACCCUUAAAAACUGUAACCCCCCGGCGGUUCCCUACCUCGGGAUGUACCUGACGGACCUGGCGUUCAUCGAAGAGGGAACCCCGAACUUCACGGAAGAAGGCCUCGUCAACUUCUCCAAAAUGAGGAUGAUUUCACACAUCAUCCGAGAGAUCCGCCAGUUCCAGCAGACCUCCUACCGCAUCGACCAUCAGCCGAAGGUCACACAGUACUUGCUUGAUAAGGCCCUCAUCAUCGAUGAAGAUACGCUCUAUGAGCUCUCACUGAAGAUUGAGCCUCGACUCCCUGCCUGAAGACCUGGCCUUUCCCUGAGACCUUGGUGUUGCCACCACGGAGAGUGGGACAGAAGGAAUCAUGCUUUCACGUAUCACACUGUGCACAGGGGACAGGGAGAUGAAGCCAGGCUGCUCUCUCCACCGAAGAAGAUGGAACCGGACUGGACUGUGUCUGGGCCAGAACGCAACCCAGCUGUGCGGGUCGAAGAUGGGCACUUCGGCCUUGGGUGGGAAGGGUGCCGCACAUUUUACUUGCUGGAUGGUACAAGGGGACACUGUACACAAGGUAGAUGUCCCUCUGUCCCAUGUCCUGGGAGGACUCGGGGACAAGGACACCCAGAACACGCCUGGUGGCACUUGACCAGCUGCGAUGCACCCACAGUCUCCUAGGACUUAACUGCUUCCAUUCCCCAUGGCCACAAGCGUUCUCCUAGGGCUGGCAUACAGUGUCCGUGUGUAGCAUGUGCAUGGCGAAUUGUCACAUCAGAGGAGCAGUGUGUCCCGGCAGCAGGACAAGAACAAAAUGGUGAAACCCAGGUGCGUUUGUUGGUAGCACUUCCUCAAGAGCAAGAGAGGGGGCCUCUUUCUGAGACUGGUGGCCUCAAGAAGCUACGUCCCCAGACAGU